AUUGCAGUGAUGCUCCAGCAGCCUCUCCUCUCCUCUCCUCGUCUCCUCGUCUCCUCUGUCCUUCACUGGCGUGGUGGACUCUGCAGAAGCUUCAGUGGAGACGAUGAAGCUGAUCCAGGAUCAGAGAAGCUGUGAGACCUGGAUGUGAAGGUCAAAGGUCAUGAUCGACUGGCCCAAUGAGACUGAGUCUGGCCUGGAGGAGCUGGACCUGAGACCUGAGGACCUGCAGAAGUCCACAUGCGUUCUGGGCUUUGUCCCCGUCGUCUACUACAGCGUCCUGCUCUGUGUGGGUGUCCCAGUGAACAUCCUCACGGCGGUGGCGUUGUCCAGAUUAGCGUCCCGCACUAAGAAGACUCUCUACUGCUACCUGCUGGCAGUGACGGGCGCUGACAUCCUCUCACAGCUCUUCAUCAUCUUCGUGGGCUUCCUCCUGGAGACGGCCGUCUUCCACCGCGACGUCCCAGCGCUGCUGCUGCACUCCGUCAGUGCCGCAGAGUUCGCCGCCAACCACGCGUCCAUCUGGUCCACCGUCCCGCUCACAGUGGACCGCUACGUGGCGCUCUGCCACCCGCUCGUCCACCGCCAGAUCAGCUACCCGGAGCGAGCCAGGAAGAUCAUCGCGGCGGUGCUAGCGCUGUCGCUGGCGUCCGGCGUCCCGUUCUUCUGGUGGUCGGACAUGUGGAGGGACAGCCACCCGCCCACCGCGCUGGACACCGUCCUCAUCUGGACGCACGUGACCAUCAUCUACUUCCUGCCGUGCAGCAUCUUCUUGGUGUUGAACUCUCUGAUCAUACAGACGCUGAGGACGCGGCACAAGCUACAGCGCCACCAGGAGGACGGGGGGUCAAACAUGGCGCGGCUGCAGCGGCGACCGCUGGGUAAGACCACGGCGAUGCUGCUGGCGAUCACGUCGGCCUUCUCGGUGCUGUGGGCGCCGAGGACGGCGGUGGUCAUCUACCACCUGUACGUGUCCUCGGUCCACAGGAGCUGGCGCGUCCACCUGGCGUACGACCUGUCCAACAUGCUCGCCAUGCUCAACACCGGCGUCAACUUCUUCCUCUACUGUUUCGUCAGUAAGCCGUUCCGCGGCGCCGUGCGCGACGUGUUGCUGCUCAGGGGCGGUCCCGCCCUUUCCCGCCGUGCGCUGCCGCAGCAGAAGGCCGCCGCCAACGCCUCCAUGUCCUCGCUGUACAGCGGCAACAACAAGCGCUUGCAGCGGGAGUCCAACAGAAAACCCUCUUGACCCUGCGCUCCCUCCUCUUCGUCCCAAACGCUCCGCGUCCCACGGUCCCUGAACUCUUGCCACCCCGGGGACGCCCUGCGGCGGUGAGCGUGGACCUCAGCCAGAGCGUCCGGCGCCGCUCAAACACACAACAUGUGUGUGUGUGUGUGUCGCUCGUUCCACACAAAACGACCACGUAUUUAUUUUUCUUACAAAGAAUUUAAAAGUGUUUUUUUUCCAUGGAUGUUUUUUACAGCGUUACAUAAAGUUUGUUUUUCUGUGAUGAAAUGAGUAGAAAAAAGAAAAAAGCUGCUACGUGUUUAAAGUGUGACUGUGCUCUGAGCGCCCCCUGCUGCUGAGAACCAGCCUCACACACGGAGGGUGAAAACA